GAACAAACCCAUUCAAUUUUUGACGAUCACUUUGCAGUCGUUCGUUGUCUUUACUUUUAAUUAAAUUAACUAAUUGUUGGGAUUAUUAAAAAAUAAUUUUUUGGUAUAGUAGUUAUAUCAGAAGGAAUCGAGUCAUUCCUAUAAAGAUGUUUAAAAGUACAGUUUCUUGGAGUUUUGCAAUCGCUGCUGUUAUUUUGCUGAAUGACGGCUUGAUUGGAACUUCGCAUUCCUUCAACUUUGAUGCGUCGAAUCAUACCAACAAUUGGGCAGUUCUUGUGGAUACGUCGAGGUUCUGGUUCAAUUAUCGUCAUGUAGCUAAUGUGUUAUCAAUUUAUCGAAGUGUCAAGAGGCUUGGGAUUCCAGAUAGUCAAAUUAUUCUGAUGGUUGCUGAUGACAUGGCAUGCAAUCCGAGAAAUCCAACUCCAGCUACAGUUUUUAAUAAUGCAAAUCAAAAUAUUGAUGUUUACGGGGAUGAUGUCGAGGUAGAUUACAGAGGAUAUGAAGUUACAGUAGAAAACUUUGUUCGUCUUCUAACCGGAAGAGUUGCUCCAGAUACGCCGAGGUCUAAAAGACUGUUAUCAGAUGAACGUAGCAAUAUUCUUAUUUACAUGACAGGACAUGGUGGAGACGGGUUUUUAAAGUUUCAAGAUUCCGAAGAAAUUACGAAUGUCGAGUUGGCUGACGCAUUUGAGCAAAUGUGGCAAAAGAAAAAGUACAACGAAAUAUUUUUUAUGGUGGACACAUGUCAAGCUGCUUCCAUGUACGACAAGUUUUACUCUCCCAAUAUUCUAGCUGUAGCAAGUAGCCUGGUUGGCGAAGAUUCUCUUUCGCACCAUGUAGACUCGAGCAUUGGUGUGUACAUUAUAGACCGGUACACUUAUUAUGCCUUAGAAUUUCUGGAGAAAGUUCAGCCCGAUAGUGACAAGACCAUGGGACAAUUUUUGGGAGUAUGUCCUAAAUGGGCUUGCAUUUCUACUGUUGGCGUUCGAAAGGAUUUAUUUGGUCGUGACCCAGCUCAAGUCAGAAUCACAGAUUUCUUUGGUUCAGUUAGAAAAAUCAGAACCACUAAACAUGUGUUCAAUAUAACCAAUCUUUCCUUGUAACCAAAUGUUUUACAUUUUUGACAUUUUGCCAUUUUAUGUUGUUACACGUCGUGAUCUCAUUCAAGUCAAACUAAAUUAUUGUAAAAAACUGUAAUUCCAUAUAUAAAGAUAAGUUACUUGAUGAUA